GGUACGCGGGAGCCUGGGCUGGGAAGCGGAGCGGGAGGGUGCGGCCCGAGAAGCACCGCAGGCGCCGGGAUGGUGAGGGGGAAGGUCCCCGCGCGCUCCCCGAGCAGCCCCGCGGCUGAUUCCGGGCUUGUCAGGAAGCUCUCUCGAAAGAAAAACAAGCAAAAACGGUUCUGGAAAAACAGAGCGAACGGAUUAGGCAGGAGGCCGCUGAGCGCCGCCAGUGUGGUGGUGCGGCCGCCGAAGGCACCAGAAGAUUUUUCUCGGAACUGGAAGGCGCUGCUGGAGCUGCUGAAACAAAAAUCACAGGCCUCAGAAAAGCCUCUUGUUAUCUCUCAGAUGGUUUCCCAAAAGCAGCCUGAGAUUAUCCAGCGAAACAGAAAAGAGACCUCAGAUAAAGCAAAGACAGAUGAGAUGGCGACAGAAGACCAAGAGGCGACCAGGGCCUCUGUUCCCACAGGGUCUAAGAUGGAGAGGAAGACGCCAGCACCUGCUGUGAAGGCCGGAGGAGCAGAGCAUGAUGCGAAGGGAGCCAAGAAAAGGGCAGAUGGUGACAUAGCUGCAAAACGAGGGAGUAUCAAGCAUAAGAAGCGGAAAGCUGAGGAGGCGGCAGCCUCAGCCCCCAACCCACCCACUGAGGAAGACAUCUGGUUUGAUGAUGUGGACCCAGUGGAUAUUGAAGCUGCCCUAGGCCCAGCGGCAGCCAAGAUAGCAAGAAGACAGCUGGGUCAGAGCGAAAGCAGCGUCACGCUUGUGAAGGAGCAGGCCUUUGGCGGCCUGACCAAGGCAUUAGCCAUGGAUUGUGAGAUGGUGGGCGUGGGCCCCAAGGGGGAGGAGAGCAUUGCUGCCCGUGUGUCCAUCGUGAACCAGUAUGGCAAAUGUGUCUAUGACAAGUACGUCAAGCCGACUGAGCCCGUGACAGACUAUAGGACAGCAGUCAGCGGGAUACUGCCCGAGAACCUCCAGCAGGGAGAAGAAAUUGAAGUUGUUCAGAAAGAAGUGGCAGAAAUGCUGAAGGGCAGAAUUCUGGUUGGACACGCACUGCAUAAUGACCUCAAGGUGCUGUUUCUGGAUCAUCCAAAAAAGAAGAUUCGGGACACACAGAAAUAUAAACCUUUUAAAAGUCAAGUGCAGAGCGGAAGGCCAUCCCUGAAGCUGCUUUCAGAGAAAAUCCUGGGGAUCAGGGUCCAGCAAGCAGAGCAUUGUUCAGUUCAGGAUGCCCAGGCGGCCAUGAGACUCUAUGCCAUGGUGAAGAAGGAGUGGGAGAGCUUGGCACGAGGCAGGCACCCUGCAGGGGCCGCACCCGACAGCCGCAGUGAUGCUGCCUGACAGACGCGGCCCUGCUACUGCCCCUUCUGCUGACUUGCAGUAGCACCUUGGUCCCAAGGCCACCUGACCAAGGCACGAGUGCAUCAGGUCUCCCCCAAAGCAGCACGCUACUGAGAACUUCUUCUUGACUUGUGGUCUAAGAGGCCUUCCUGCCAUGUGUGUUUGGGGGCAGGAUGGCAGGGAUGUAGCAGGGAAGAAAGUUGGAGGCAGCCUGGCAACCUCACCAUCUGCUGAGCACCAGAGUGGAAUGGGACGUUUGGGCUGUUGGCCUGCCUGGUGCUGGACUUGACAGACUGUGGUGGGAUUCACCCUGGGUCCAAAAGCAGAAAGCAUCAUGAGUGCUCAGCACCUCCUUCCUCUAAGGAGGCCCUUUUUCUUCCCUUGUCUUGGGUGAUAUGACGAGCUUUGCUGGACCUGAGGGACCCCGGCCAGUGUUUGCACUUAGCUCCUGAGAAGCAGCUGGCUGGUACAGCAGCUACUCACUGGACAAUUUCCUGUGGCCAUUUGGACUUUCAGAGAAGCUCUUAGGGCUGAGGCUCCCUUCUCCCAUUUAUCUGAGUUGGCCCCAAGAUUAGCUGGUAGGUGAGGACCAGCAAGAGCUUCUCCCACAGCACGUGACAUGAGGCACCGCAGUCACUUGGACAUUUAUUUCUGGAUGUUAGUGGACAUGCUGCCCUUGGGCUUUGUAAGCUGGGAGCCGAGUGAGUGCCUCUGGGCAGCCUGCAGCCUUUUUGGCCCAGGUUUGAGAUUCCGUCUGGGGACUGAAGUCCAGCACCAGUUGUACUGACAAGUGCAUAAAGCUGCCCAGUGGCCAUACACACAGUGCCAGCCCACUGGGGUGCUGUUGAACAUAAACACAGAUGCACCUUGAAUGUGUGGUGGAGGCCUAGCAUUGUCCUCACUGGAGCAGUCUGAAAGGACUGUGGGUCCAGAUGGCUGCCUGGCCAGGCAGGGGAGAGGUCUAUGUAGACAGGGAUAAGUGCCCCACUGGCCAGUCAUGGCCUGCUGCUGAAACAACUAAGGCACUCUAGGAACUGGCCUUGGGCCUUUUUAUUAGUCAGCUCAGAGAUAAACAUGCUGGUCCCGGCAACCAUCUUCCUGCUGCCA